AUGGGGAAAGGCGGAGCGCUCUCCGACGGGGUAGUGAAGAACAUCAUCCUUUCCUACACCUACGUCGCCAUCUGGAUCUUCCUCUCAUUCGCCGUCAUCGUCUACAACAACUCGUCGAGCCCGCCGCCCUCACCCGCCGCCCUCACCCGCCGCGUCUACCUCACCUCCGUCCUCCCCAUCGGCGCCCUCUACUCCAUGUCCCUCUGGCUCUCCAACUCCGCCUACAUCUACCUCUCCGUCUCCUUCAUCCAGAUGCUCAAAGCCCUCAUGCCCGUUGCCGUUUAUUCCAUCGGGAUCCUCUUCAAAAAGGACAGCUACAAAGGCAGCACUAUGUCCAACAUGCUCGCGAUUUCUUUUGGGGUCGCCAUCGCUGCUUAUGGAGAGGCCAAGUACGAUUCUUGGGGGGUCUUUCUGCAGCUUGGCGCUGUUGUCUUCGAGGCGACGAGGCUGGUGUUGAUUCAGAUCUUGUUGACCUCAAAAGGGAUUAGCUUAAACCCCAUCACCUCUCUUUACUAUGUCGCCCCCAGCUGUUUGGCCUUUCUUUCGGUUCCAUGGCUGUUGGUGGAGUAUCCAGUUUUGAAGCAGCACUUUUCCGGAUUUCAUUUCGAUUUUGUGAUUUUUGGUACCAAUUCAUUGUGCGCCUUCGCCUUGAAUUUGGCUGUGUUCUUGUUGGUUGGAAAGACUUCGGCUUUGACCAUGAAUGUAGCUGGUGUAGUGAAAGAUUGGCUGUUGAUUGCUUUCUCUUGGUCCGUGAUUAAGGACACUGUGACGCCGCUGAAUUUGUUUGGAUAUGGGUUGGCGUUUUUGGGAGUGUGGUAUUAUAACCACUCGAAAUUGCAGGCUCUGAAGGCGAAUGAGGCACAGAAAAAGGCACAAAUGGCAGAGGAAGAGGAAGGGAAGCUGUUGGGCCAAGGGAAUAGAGAUGGGAAUGAGAAGAAGGGAGACUCACAGGCCUAA